GCGAAUGCUCCUGGUCUGCGGUUUGGGAUGUGUUAUGCUGAUGGUCUUAUGUCUUGGUCAAAUGAUGGCCUCAAAUACAUGCAGGGUGAUGCUGAAAUUCAGUGGAAUCAGGGCCAGAGGCUUUUGUUCAAGAUACAGGAGACUAAGGUACUGUACAUCAUCCCAAACAACAGUUUCGACAGACAGUCAGGGUGGUGCUCAUUCUCAGACCGAUGAUAUCGUGAUCCCCGAUUAUGUGAAGAGGUCACCCACCGAUAUACUCAAGGCGCUGAGCUCCACCGUGGGGCGGGACGUGACGAGCACCCACUACAAGUUCCACGACGACCCGUACCUGGUGCCCGGCUCCAAUCUGGACAAGCGCAUGUUCAGCCUGUCACGCGAGGCGGGCCGCAACGCCGCGCGCUGGGUGCGCGACCGCAACGCCGAGCUGUUCGAGCACCAAGUGGCGCAGCCGUUCUCCGAGACGUUCGCGCCGCGGCCCGUCUACGACGAGAACACGGCGGCGGACGAGGCGGUGCUCCAGGAGGUGAUAGAGCAGGGCCGGGUCUCCGACGCCAUCACCGUCUACCAGAAGCUGUCCAAGGAGAACGUGGAGCUGAGCCGGGAGACUCGCCAGGCCCUGCUGGAGCUGCUCUGCUUCUACAACGGCGAGGACACACUCGACGAGGAGCGGCUAGAGGAACGCUGGUUCAGCAACACCGGCACCGGCAACAAGGCCCGCAAGACCUGGAAGGACAACGGCGUGGCCGAGGAAGUGUUCCGCUCCUUGGAGCCGCUCGACGGCCGCGCCUACAACACGCUCAUCAAGGGCAUGACCAAGUUCUAUCAGGCUGAUCGGGCCAAGCAGCUCUGGGAAGAGAUGCAGAAUCGGGGCUUCGAGCCGGAGCUGGAGACGUACAACUACAUGAUCACUGUGGCCAGCUUCGUCAUGGAGAGCGCCGAGAAACAGUGGGAGUACGUGGAGGGAAUGCUGCGCCGGAUGGCCGGUCAGGGGCUGCGGCCGGGCGCGGCCACGCUCUCGGCCGUCUUGCAGGCCGUCUGGACUAUGGGCUCGUGGCGGCGCGCGCGGGACGUGGCGUUGGCCACGUGGCGCGAGUUCCGCCAGCUCGGUGUGCAGCCCACGCUGGCCUCCUACUACUUCCUGCUCUCCGUCUUCUACCGGGAUCGCGCUUCGAGUACUGAUCUGCUUAAGACGAUCAUGGACGAGAUUCAGGGCAAGACUUUCACCAUCCAACAUCCCAUGGACACAUUCUUUUUCACCACGGCCAUGGGUAUCUGCAGAAACAAGCUGCAGGACCGUGACCUGGCCCUGCGGCUGGACGAACUGCUGCACACCGGCUCAAACUACGACCUGAUCGGCGACUCGUACAAGGAGUCUGUCUACUACCGCAACCUGCUGGCACUGCUCUACGGCACGGAGCCCAUCGAGGACUUCAUGGCCAACUUCUACAACAAGCUCGUGCCCAACGUCUACACACCGGAGCCGGGGAUCAUGGAGGGCCUGGUGAACGCGGUCAGUAUGAGCGGCGCCGUCGAGUACCUGCCGCAGCUGUGGACCGACAUGGUGGCAUUCGGACUCACCAACCGCGAGAGCCUGCUGAAGGCGCUGCUGCGCGCGCUGGCGCUGAACCCCGGCAAGGAGGACGAGGCCCGGCGGCAGCUGGCCGCCGUCGGCUGGGACCUGUUCGAGCGCGUCGAGCAGCGGCGCACCACAAGGACCGACGGCAUACACUGGGCGGCCGGCAUGCUCGGGGACCUGAUGCUGGUGCUGACCCGGGCCGGCCACAUCUCGCGCGCGGCCAGCGUGCUGCGCAAGCUGGACCGCGAGCAGGCGGCCAUCGUCGGGGUGCCGGACGCCGUCGCCGUCCAGAGCCUGUUCGACGUAGCGCUCGUCAACCAGAGGGCGCCCGUCUGCGUGCUGUGCGCACGAUACGCCGCCGAGAUGGGCUUCGAGGCGGCGCCGGCGAUGGCCGACUCGCUGCUCCAGACGCUGCCGGUGACGGACGACGAGCGGCAGCAG